AUGGCUGCAUUGGUUAUGGUGUUUUGGUUGUGGCUGGCCUUCAACAUUCCUCCUAUCACCCCUUCUGGGAGGGGUCUUAGUCACCAUGACCAAAAAAGAAAGCUUGCUUCUACUAUUCCUGGUUUCAUAAGCGUCGACUGUGGCGCAACUCUGCAGAACUAUGAUGACUCCAACAUGUUUUACCAGACAGAUACAGGGUUUAUAAGUGCUGGAGUGAAUUCACAGAUAUCCUCAGAGUUCAUCAACUCAAGCCUUAACAUGGAGCUGAGGACCUUGAGAUAUUUCCCAGAAGGAGAACAGAAUUGCUACACCUUGAAGCCUGAGCAAGGCAGAUCAAACAACUAUCUCAUCAGAGCUGUGUUCAUGUAUGGAAACUAUGAUGGCAAAAAUCAAACCCCAGUGUUCCAAUUGUAUCUUGGGGUUAAUUCAUGGACAACGGUGAAAGACUCAUAUGUUGUACAUGAUAUCAUAUAUGCUCCCUUGACAGAUGCCAUACAAGUGUGUCUUGUGAACAAAAACAAUGGAACACCAUAUAUUUCUGCACUGGAAGUUAGGCAAUUGGACAACUCCCUCUACCAAUCAGGUAAUGGAGCACUGGCCUUGACUUCGCGAAUCAACCUUGGUGGCUCGAAUAAGAUAAUCAGGUACCCCGACGAUAUAUAUGAUCGCAAAUGGAAUCAUGAUCAGAAAAAUGAAUGGAUCCCAGUGACAUUGGCACCCAACUUGACAAUUGAGACCAGCAACAAUGGCUACAAAAUACCAGACAAAGUGUUAGGAACUGCUGUCAAGUGUGUCAGUGGCCCCAUAUACGUCUCAUGGCAAUCCAAGUUCACAAUUUCAAAAUUUUAUGUUUACUUUCAUUUUGCUGAAAUAGAAAAGCUUGAGGGUGGGAAACAAAGAACACUCAAUAUCCGUUUCAAUGAUUUUUAUAACUUGGAAACUCUUACUCUGGACUAUCUAAAGACACAAACUGUUGCCAGUUUUGCUCUUACUGGGGAGACAACAUAUAACUUCUCUAUUUCUAGUGUGGACAGUGGCCUUCCUCCGAUCCUUAACGCCUAUGAAAUUUACCAGCACAAAGACUUUUAUCGCAUGCCAACAAUCGAGAAAGACGGUACAUUUAACAGUCUAGUUUUCUUCUUCACUGUGCUGGUUACUUACUGCUUUUUGUUCUUGUUUGUUAUAUAUGGCGAAGAAAUGUCAGAUUUUGAUAAUUUUUCAGCCUUAUCCAACAUAAGUGUUACCCUUAAUUUCUCCAUUUUGCAUCCUGAUGUCCAUCUCUUGGGAUCUAUCACACAAUCAAUUGACAGGUCCAAUUCCAGAAUUUCUAGCUCAACUGCCAUAAUUGAGAGUCCUCUUGAAGAUGCAGUUCCCAAGGCUCUUAUGGAAAAGCACAAUAGCGGAGGGUUAACAUUAAAUUUGGAUGGAAAUCCAGAUCUUUGUUUGGGGGGUUCAUGCAAAGUAAAAAACAGGAAGGUUGUUGCCAUUGUUGCACCAACUGUAUCAGUUGUGGUCUUCAUAAUACUAUGUGCUCUAGCAAUCUAUCGUAUCCGUGAAAAGAAAAGAAAAGGGACGAGAAGAGAAUGGUCACUGAAAGCAAAGAAUUGGAGAUUUACAUACUCUGAGAUUGUGAAUAUCACCAAUAACUUCAAAUCUGUUAUUGGAGAAGGAGGAUUUGGAAGAGUCUACCACGGCAGCCUAACACAUGGAAUUGAAGUUGCUAUCAAGGUGCUUUCUUCAUCAUCAAGACAAGGGUCCGACGAAUUUCAAAAUGAGGUGGAGCUCUUAUUGGGAAUUCAUCACAAGAACUUGGUUUCUCUUUUUGGAUACUGCGAUGAAGGUGGAAAUAUGGCACUCGUUUACGAUUAUAUGGCCUGUGGAAAUUUGCAACAGCAUCUAUUAGCAGAUGGAAGCACAAACGUUUUAACCUGGAAAGAAAGACUUGAAAUCGCAGUGGAUGCAGCACGAGGAUUGGAUUAUCUGCAUAAUUGUUGCAAGCCACCAAUAGUCCACAGAGAUCUCAAGACUUCCAACAUCUUACUAAGUGAAGACUUGCAAGCCAGGAUAGGCGAUUUCGGGCUCUGCAGAGUCUUCACAACUGAAAACGAGACUCAUAUAUCAACCGAUGCUAAGGGUACUCGCGGAUACGUUGAUCCUGAAUAUUACCAUACUGGGAAGCUGAAUAGGAAGAGUGAUGUUUAUAGCUUUGGGAUUGUUCUCUUGGAGCUGAUAACUGGCCUGCCUGCAAUAAUAAAAGGCCCUCCAGUGGAAGAGUUAUGUGAUUGGGUGGGUCCCCAUGUUCAAGGAAAGUGCAUUGGAGAUAUACUUGAUCCAAGAUUAGAAAGCUAUAACAUAAAUUCUGCCUGGAGAGCCGUAGAAGUGGCAAUGGCUUGCAUACCAUCAGUAGCAAUCCAGAGGCCAGACAUCAGCUAUGUCUAUGAUGAGUUGAAGGCAUGUUUGAAAAUGGAGAUGGCUUCUGAGAAACCUCAGAUAAUGGAAGGCUACCAGACCUGGUCAAGCAGUUCAAUUCAUACCACUCCUUUGGACCCUAAAGUUGAAAUGCACCAUACUUGCUAG